AAAUCAGAAUCCUAAGCAUGUAUAGCGGAGCAUUAUUCUUGAUACUCUGGGCAUUUACGUUUAUAAGGACCUCAGAAGACUGUACUUCACGUUCUAACAUCACUGCAGUGGAAGGUGAACCUUUCUAUCUGAAACAUUGCCCCUUUGUGCCUGCGCGUGAGAAUGAAACCGCCACCAAACGAUGGUGGUAUAGAAGCAAUGGGUCACACAAACGUGUGGAGCUAAACCCAGCAACUUCACCCAGAAUCACUUUGUGGGAUUAUGUUUUAGAGUUUUGGCCAGUUGAGUUAGACGACAGGGGAGAGUACUUUUUCCAAAAGGGAAACGAUACUCGGGGAUGGCAGUUAAACAUAAUCAGAAGAGAUAAACACAGCUGUUUCACUGAAAAAGAAGUAACUAGUAAAACUGUGGAAGUCAAAAAGGCUUUGGAAAUAACCUGUGAAAAUAGACACUAUCAAAACCGGAUCAACAGCACAGCCUUGUAUAAGAACUGUGAGAAGCUACUUGAGAACAAUAUAAAGAAGAAUGCCGUGUUUGAAGAUCAGGGGUUUUAUUCCUGUGUGUUUUUCCUUCAUCAUAAUGGAAAGCUAUUUAACAUCACCAAAACUUACAAUAUAACAAUAGGUAAAGAUUCCAAUUAUGUAGCUCCAAUGCUUCUUGGACCAAAGCUUGAGUAUGUUCCAGUGGAACUAGGAAAAGAAGUGCAACUCAACUGCUCUGCUUUGCUGAAUAAAAAUGAUGCACUUUACUGGAUCUUCAAAAAUGAUGAUGAACCAGAUCCUAAUAUACAUGAAUGGACAGAAAUGAGGACUAGGACUUCGGAAGGCAAAUUUCAUUCUUCAAGAAUACUGCACAUUAAGAAUAUUAGCAAAAAUAAUCUCAAUUUUCCAUAUAAUUGCACAGUGACCAGCAGUGGAGGCAAAGAUACCAACAGCGUCAUCUUGGUGUUAAAAGACAUGGCUGAUAUCCCUGGUCAUGUCUUCACGAAGGUUAUGAUCGUAGCCUUUUCGAUCCUGGUGGUGGUAGUGGGCCUCGUGAUUGUCGGUGUCAUGUAUAGAGUUGACUUGGUUUUGUUUUAUAGACAUUUCAUGGGAAGAGAUGAAACAUUAACAGAUGGAAAGACGUAUGAUGCAUUUGUGUCUUACCUAAAAGAAUGUCGCCCCGAAAAUGGAGAGGAGUACACCUUUGCUGUGGAGAUUUUGCCCAGGGUGUUGGAAAAACAUUUUGGGUAUAAGUUAUGCAUAUUUGAAAGGGACGUGAUGCCUGGAGGAGCUGUUGUUGAUGAAAUCCAUUCACUGAUAGAGAAGAGCCGAAGGUUAAUCAUUGUCCUAAGUAAAAGUUAUAUGUCCAAUGAAGUCAGGUAUGAACUUGAAAGUGGAUUCCAUGAAGCCUUGGUGGAAAGGAAAAUUAAAAUAAUCUUAAUUGAAUUUACCCCUUUUAAAGACUUUACAUUUUUACCCCAAUCACUAAAGCUUUUGAAAUCUCACAGAGUUCUGAAGUGGAAAGCUGAUGAAUCUCUUUCUUACAACUCAAGGUUCUGGAAAAAUCUUCUUUACUUAAUGCCUGCAAAAAUAGUCAAGCCAGGUAGAGAUGAAUCUGAAAUCUUGCCUAUUCUUUCAAAACCUUGAUCUUCAGAAAAAGUGACGCCAAUAGAAUCAGAUAGUCUGGGAUUGAGUGUAAGAGCCUGCCCACAACAAAGACCAUUAUUCAAAAUACUUAACUCUAUCAAAAUUCUACUCAGAGUUUGAAGAUGAAACGUGUCAUUGGGUUGUCCGGAAGAAGAUUAAAUGUUGAGCUGUGGUCACCUGCUCCUGGAAGGUCCUGGAAUUCAGUAGAAAUGGAUCUCCUCCUUUUCUCUUUUCCAUUCCUGGAUGCAGCAUACUUAAUCCCAUCCUCAGCACACGUGAGACUGGACACGAUGCAAAGUAACCGAUGCCCUACCAAAAAAAGGCACAACGUGAAGAGUUUUUCAUGCUGGUGAUUAAUUUGAGCUAAAGGAUUUUAAGUGCAUGAAGAGGUGUCUUCUUUGAACCAGUGGGUGACAGAGUAACUGGAAUGCUGCUUUCACUUCCCUACACCCCUGUGAUCUGGUGAGACGUGGGAGGAGAGAGCUGGCGGGGCUGUCUGCGGAGGCCACGAGUGCCUGGAGGGGGGUCUGCUGUCAGCCAGACCUCAGCCUCACCCACAGCUGCAGGCCAGCAGUUCUUGGAACCUCAGUGAGGCACUGCAGCACGGAGCCUCCUUAUUUGGACCCAUUUAAGGGAACUUCUUAAAGGGACCCCCAAGUGCCUCAUCUUUAGUAAGAGAAACAAAUUUCAAUUCAGUCAAUUCUCUGGGUCUUUCACUUUUAAUGGUCCAAAACAUUAGUUGACUUUACAGAAUGGGUGUCACAUCAUGCUAUGCUAGCUAUUAAAUUGCAAAAGCACAAAAAUGACAGUUACUUCCUUGAUUUUUAAAAAUCUCAUGUUUAGACCA